CUAAUACUAAAAUUAUCAAAAUAGAUACAAAUAAUAAAAUUUUAAAAAUAUCUGGUCCUUUAUUAUUUGGUUUAACACUACUUAGCAUUAAAAAUGUAUGUCAAAUUUUGGCACUUAAUUAUAAUUUAAAAAUUCAUCCUUUUGAAGACCUUAAUUAUAUAAAAAUUAAGUGGGUUCAAUUUGAAAUUGAAGAUGAACAGUUUGAUAUUAGCUUUAGAAAAGUUGAUGAAAAA